UUUAAAUUCCACAAAUUCACAUGGGUGAUAGUAAAUUAUAAAUACAAAAUGAAUAUUAUAAAUCGCACGAUAUCUAUUAGACCAAAUCUAAAAUUAAUUUCUAGGUUUUAUUGUGCAAAAUCAAAGGAUGAAAUUGACAAACUAGUGAAGAAUAAUAAGGUGGUGGUAUUUAUGAAAGGGGUACCAGAGCAGCCCCAGUGCGGCUUCAGUAAUGCAGUUGUACAAAUAUUAAGAAUGCAUGGUGUUACUUACGAUGCCCACAAUGUUUUAGCAGAUACUGAUCUUAGACAGGGUAUUAAAGAUUAUUCAAACUGGCCCACUAUACCGCAAAUCUUCAUAAAUGGAGAAUUUGUAGGUGGAUGUGAUAUAAUGCUUCAAAUGCAUCAGUCUGGUGAUUUAAUUGAAGAAUUAAAGAAGGCAGGUAUAAAAAGCGUGCUACUUGACAAACCCAAGGAAGAGAGUGGAAAAUGAUCAUUAUUAUUGUAUAUAAGAAUUGACUGUUAUGUUUAGUUUAGAUGAUAAUAAAUAUUGAAGUUUUA